AUGACGCUUACUAAAUAUGAAAUGCUUGGUAGUAAUGAAAGUAAAUAUAUUAGGGAAGUAUGGGCAGAAAAUUUGGAAGAGGAGAUGGCUUAUCUUCGUGAUCUAGUUGAAGAUUAUUCUUAUCUUGCAAUGGAUACUGAGUUUCCUGGUGUAGUGGCACGGCCAGUUGGCAGCUUUCGUUCUAGCUCAGAUUACCAUUACCAAACACUUCGAUGUAAUGUUGAUUUAUUAAAAAUAAUUCAAUUAGGCAUCACAUUUGCAGAUGAGAAUGGAAAAUUACCACAAGAUAUUUACACUCUUAGAGGUGACAUGUAUGCCCAGGAUUCAAUUGAUUUAUUAACAAAAUCAGGUAUUGAUUUUAAGAAACAUGAGGAUUAUGGCAUAGACGUAGAACAUUUUGGUGAACUAUUAAUUAGUUCAGGAUUUGUACUAUUUGAUGAUGUGAAAUGGAUAUCUUUUCACAGUGGUUAUGACUUCGGAUAUUUACUCAAAGUGCUUACUUGUUCGCCUCUGCCACCUGAAGAAAACGAUUUUUUUGAUCUUUUAAAAACAUACUUUCCAUGUAUAUAUGAUAUAAAAUAUCUUAUGAAAAGCCAUAAAAAUCUUAAAGGUGGAUUGCAGGAUAUUGCUGAUGAUUUACAGGUGGAAAGAAUUGGACCUCAACAUCAGGCUGGUAGUGACAGUCUCUUGACAGCGGCAACCUUCUUCAAGAUGCGACAAACCUUUUUUAAUGAUAAGAUUGAUGAUAAAUACUUGUACGUCUAG